UGGAAAUACAUGUAUAUAUUAUAAUCAGGAUUAUACAUUCAUGAGGUGAUGCAAUGUCCCGGCAGCUGGGACCAUGGGAAGAAAAGCCGGUAUUGCACAAGCCUGCCUUUUCAAACCAUCCGUUCUCGGGAUCGGCCAUGCUUCAGCUGCCGUUUUGUAAAAUUUCUGGUCAGGAAACGUUUCUUCGGGAAGGUUGAGAGAUGGGGGCGGGUGGACAAGGUGAUAGCACCGCGGCGAGCCCAAUGAUGGACCCGGGCAGCAUAAAUCAUGCUGUACAAGACAACAGGAAUGGAGGGAAGGGCUCCCCCGUGCGUCUGCAAAGACAGGUCACCCUGGCGAACGCCGUCGGCUUGAUGGUGGGGAACAUCCUCGGCUCGGGGAUCUUCAUCGCGCCGAAGGGUGUCCUCCUGUACACCGGUUCCACCGGCCUCUCCCUCAUCGUCUGGGCUGUCAGCGGUGUGUUUUCUGCCCUGGGUGCCCUGUGUUACGCAGAGCUAGGCACCUCUAUCUUAAAGUCAGGAGCUAGCUAUGCCUACAUCUUGGAAGCGUUCGGCCCGUUCCCGGCGUUUCUGCGGCUGUGGGUGUCGGUGCUGAUCGUGGACCCGACCGGCCAGGCGGUCAUCGCGCUCACCUUCUCCUCCUACCUGGUCCAGCCGUUCUUCCCCGGGUGUGAGGUGCCGUACGGAGCCGUCAGACUGCUCGCCAUCGCUAUCGUCUGCGUGCUGACGUUUGUUAACUGCGCCAACGUGCGGUGGGUGACGAGAGUGCAGGACGCGUUCGCCUACGCCGGCGUGGCAGCCUGCGUCAUGGUCAUCAUCUCAGGCGUCGUCAACGUCGUCAUCACAGGAGAUAUGCACGUGUUCCAGAACCCUUUCAAAGGAACAAAUCCUGACAUGGGACGGGCGGCCUUAGCCCUGUAUCCCGGUCUGUACGCCUUUGCCGGAUGGGACAUGUUGAACUUCAUCACGGAGGAGAUAAAAAACCCGCAUAAGAACCUGCCGCGGGCCAUCUGGAUCUCCAUGCCGAUCGUGACGGUCCUGUACAUCCUCAUCAACCUCGCCAUGUACUCCGUCCUGUCCGCACAGCAGGUCCUGGAGUCCGAGGCUGUGGCCGUGACCUAUGCAGAAAAAGCGAUGGGCGUGGUCAGCUGGACGAUACCCAUCCUCGUUGCCAUGACGACCAUUGGAGGGAUCAAUGCAUACAUCCUGGCAGUGUCAAGAUUGUACUUUGUGGGAUCUCGGGAGGGCCAUCUACCCCAGGUGCUGUCCAUGAUCAACAUUUGGACCUUGACUCCCGCCCCAGCAGUUCUUUUUAACGGGUUCCUGGUCUGUUGCUACCUCAUCUCGGAUGACGUGUUGACGCUGAUUAACUACUUCAGCUUCAUGUACUGGAUCGGGGUGGGGCUGUCUAUCGCCGCCCUGCUGUACCUCAGAUGGAGACAGCCUGACAUGCACAGACCCAUCAAGGUCCACCUGGCUCUCCCGGUGUUGUUCCUGAUGGCCAGUUUGUUUCUGGUUAUCGUGCCGUUCUACUCAGCGUUCCGGGACUCGGUGAUCGGGUGCGCCAUCUUCCUGUCCGGCGUUCCCGUGUACUACAUCGGCGUGCACAGAAAGGUCCACCCCGCAUGGCUACACAACAUUGCAGAUGGCAUCACAAGAAGAGUGCAGAAACUCCUGCUGUGUGUUCCUCAGGAGGCAGAAGAUACCGUCUUACAGAACGACGAAGAAAGACAGGAGACAGAGAAGAUGGCUUGAGAAGAAAAGUGUCCCCCACCUACUACUGUCUUGUCAAGUUGACCAUACAAAAUUUCGGGAAAUUGAAUUAAUUUUUUAUGCCAUUAUGAACGUU